UGUCUGCUACAGAAUCGCAAAAUAAAAUAUUUAGUUAGCAUUUUACAAACGGGAGACAAGGGGCCACGCGCCGCCCAUUCCUGGGUAAAAUGCGUCAUUUUUGCAAAAUUGUUGUGCGUACGCCAGCAAGCGCAGAGCGUGGUCAUAUCGCCAGCUGACACAAAAUAUAAAAGAUGAAAAAUACAGCAAGAUGUCAUCAUCGCUGGAAGGGGCUUGGGUGAAAAUGACUUUCCCCCCCCGCACUUUAAAAAUCUGCGACAUGGCGGGGGCGCAAAACGACGAUGCGUGAUAUAGCGGGAAACGUCGCAUUCAAACGUUGAGGAGCGUGUGUGUGCGGUAGUCAAUCAGGUAGGGUCUGCCUGCUGUCCCGCUCGGCUAUAAACAUGAACUAAUGUAAGUCGUAAAUCCCGCUGGCACAGAAGCAGCCACUGUUUUAUAUCAGCGUGGUGACGCUGCGUAUAACGUCAAGCGCUUCUCCUCUGGUCCACGUGGGACACGCUUGAAGACGUUCAAUAUAAAAUGGAGGUAGGACACAGGCUUCUUUACAGUAUUCAGGCAAGUCCCAAUUUAGAGUUGUGCACCUUCUGUGUAGUACUGGACGAGAUGCAGCGUAACAGAGAAUAUAUGCCUCCGAGUGUUGUCGUGCGUUCUGUUUGUAUGUGUUGCGGCUCUGUGCAUAAUGUUUCAUUGUCUUUUGCUUCAUGUCAAUCUUACAGUAAACUUCCACUGGCAGUGACAAUUGAACAGCUUGAAGCGGGCACACGUUGCCUCUGUGUGUGCGAGAGUGGUCUUUCCGUUUCCUCAAAGCGAUGCCACAUGAUUAUUUCCUGUCUCCUCUCCUCUCCUCGACAACUGAGAGAAAAGUAACGUGCAGCACAGGGGCAAGUUGCAGAAAGAGACGGCGACAAACAUUAAAUCGAACAUCCACACGUCAGAGAGCCAGCAGGAGUUCUUCCGGAUGCUGGAUGAGAAGAUUGAGAAGGGGCGAGACUACUGCUCGGAGGAGGAGGAGGAAGAAGAAGAAGAAGAAGAGGAGGAGGGGACAUAGCACAAAGGCCCGCCACCCCCCACCGCCCUCCCCUACGCCCCCCGAGAAUUCACAGCAACUGAGACCCUCGGAGUGUGUAUGUGUGUGAGCGUGCGACUUGAAUCAGUAUUUUACCAGCGAGGGCGUGCAUGUGCGCCAUAUGGCAAAGUAAGUACUUUUAAGUGUUUAAAACAAAAACAAACAUGACAGCGUGGGACAAAAACAGGACACUUUUUCUCCCCUCACCUCACCCUGGACUUUGAGUGCACUGACAGGUGAAAGGACCGAGCCAAAUGGGGCACAAACGUUACCCAAACGUGGCGGCCCACGCAGGUGAAGAAAAUUACAUAACGUCGUCCCGCUGAACUUUAUCGGUGGACAAGCCUGACGGGAAGAUUUUGGGAUAUUUUAAUAAGAGGCAGGAGUCCGCUACCUUUUUGGUCCCGUCCCGUCCCCCCUUUUUAUUUUAUUUUUUUAAUUAUUUUUUUGAGCACACGUCAAUUAUAAACAUGGAGCAGACUAAUGCAUCCUCCCUCAACACACACACACACACACACUUUAAGUUUACCAGCAGACAUUCAUUUUGUCAUCUAUUUUUUCAAAAGUCAUUUUAUAGUACACACACACACACGCGCGCACACUCAGGCACUGUAGCAACAAACAAACGAGGGAGGAUGAGGAUGGGGAGGAUGCGUGGUUGCCGUGGAGACGCAGAUCACUUUUCUGUUGUUUUGUUUACCAGAGACUUUCGUGUUGUAUUAUUUGUAUACGUUUUUUUCUAUUAAAAUGAAAAUGGCAAAGCUU